AUGAUCUUGCAACAGCCUACCACACAACAACUCGAUGCAUUUGCUUCUCCCCACAUUGCUUCCAUGAGAAGAGUUUGGUGGCAACUCGAUGGAUCCUCUGCAUUCCGAACAGCCACGCAAGCCGGAGACAUGUACUCGACCUACAACUAUGCUCAUUUACCUCCUUUCCAUCCACCGACACCCAUGUCCACCCAACAACCUCAUCAUCAUGACUAUUCAAUUCUGUCCAAUGAGAUUAUUCAACGCAUUUCUCCAAGUUUUCCACAACACAACGCUCCUUCCAUCAACAUGACUCCUCAUUUCACUCCAGAAACUCCACCAUCCCUCGUUCAGCUCUUUUCAAUGUGUGCUUUUUGGGGAGCUCCCAAUGGUAUUUGUCACUACUGGUUAAAUAACACGUAUGGACCUUUACAAAGAUACAUGCCAACCAAUGAAUUCUACUUGUUUCCUUUUUAUCAUGACCAACAAGAAUGCAUCACUUGGUUUGCUUUGGCUGAUAUAAAAGUCAGAGAUGGUUCGAUUGGAAGUGCCUUGAAUCCAUGUGUAGUUUCAGGAAUAAAUUCUGAACAAAUUGAAGCAGAUGAUUAUUUUUCAACCAACGCCUUGAACUUGAAUGAUUUGCAUUUCGUUUCUCCUUCCAUUGAAGAGUUCUUAUGGAGAAAUUAUUUGGAAGAUCAAAUUGUCCAUGAAUUAUUUGUACAUCAAACACCCAUUCAAGACUUGUCUGGAGAAAUGGCUGACUAUGUGAAUCAUUAUAGAAAUCUUUGA